CAAAAUGAACGAAUCGUUCAAGAACGACCCAUCACUAGUUACAAACAAACUAGGAAGUGUGUGCGCGAACGUAUUUCGUGUUAUUUUUAAACAUGUCAAAUGAAGUCCGAUAUUGCGACAGGUGCUCGUACCUCUUUCUCAAGUUCUCGUUAAUCAUAUACGCAACAAUUUUCUGGCUGAUAGGGGGCCUUAUUUUAGCCAUUGGCAUUUAUGCGGAGGUGGAGAGGCAACAGUACAAAACGCUGGAAGGAGUAUUCCUGGCUCCUGCCAUUAUCCUCAUUGUGCUCGGUGUGAUCAUGUUCAUCGUCUCCUUCAUCGGGGUUCUGGCAUCUCUCAGAGACAACUUGUGCCUUCUCAAAGUGUUUCUUUACAUGCUGGCUCUCUGUCUUAUUUUGGAGCUCGCCAGUGGGAUUGUUGCUUUGAUCUUUAGGAGACAGACAGAGGACCUUCUCAACAAAAACAUUCGUAAAGGGAUAGUGAAUUACUAUGAUGACCUUGAUUUCAAAAACAUCAUGGACUUUGUUCAGAAAACGUUCAAAUGCUGUGGGGGAACCGACUUCACGGACUGGAAAGUGAACAUGUAUCAUAACUGCUCUGCUCCUGGUCCGCUAGCAUGUGCAGUGCCUUACACCUGUUGUAUAAGCAAGCCUUCUGAAGUUGUUAAUACGAUGUGUGGAUACAAGGUCCUGGAGAAAGAGAGGCUAGAAAAUGUAGAACAGAUCUACACCCGUGGUUGCACGAACGCCGUCUUCAUUUGGUUCAUGGACAACUAUAAAAUCAUGGCUGGAUUUCUUAUGGGCAUCUUAGUUCCUCAGUUUUUUGGUGUGGUCUUUACCUGGCUUUAUAUCACCCGUGUGGAAGAUGCCAUCGAAGAGUAUGGACACUAUAUGGAUGGUCUGCUGGACGGCGGACCCCGGAAAGCCAAGAAACAAAGCAAGUGGGCCAAAUGCUGCAAAUGCAUGCCUUUGUUUGACUGAGUGCAAACUCCUAAAAGAAGCCUUAAAUUGGAGAGUAAAAGGAUUUAUAUAGGUACUGUCAUCUGCUGUGGAUGAAAUGAACACGUUGUAGCACUGCCAAACACAACUGUGCUGUUACUUUUGUACUAUCAGACACUGAUGCAAGCAAGCCAUUUUUGUACUGUCAAUAUCAUUUUCACAGUUACUCUCAGGAUACAUUAUUUCGUCUGUCAUCUGAAAAUGGGUAUUUUUUUGUGUCAAAAUUUACUGAUGCUGGGACUGACCUUCUAUCUCAGGACUAAAUCAGACCUGAAGUAGUAUACUCUGAAUGCCUUUAGAUUUUACACAGCUUAGUUUUGUUUAAUGGGGAAACUUGACACCCUGUCAGUCUCAGGUAAUGAAAUUCCAGGUUUCUUUUUUCUUCACAUAAGUGAACUUCUACCGUUAUAGUCUAUGACAACGGCAGCUACAGUGAUCACAAUAAGAGUGCUGUUUCUUUUGUUUGUACAUUGUGUCUAAGAUGAGUAACGUAUAAAUCCUGACUAUAAAACAUUUCCAAACCUAAAAGCUGUGUAAAUCCAAACCUUUAGUUCACCAUAUUUACUGUAAAAAAAAAAUGUUAUUUGAUAAUCCUUUACUUCCUGAAACGGGUUUUUUCUCUUAAUUUAAUAAAAUACUUUUCAUUAUAUUAUGAGAUGAUUAUGUUUUAAUCUGUGAACCUUUUUCAAACACAACAUAUUUCUGUCAGAGCUGCUUGUGUACAUCUUAUAUAUAUACAUCUUCUGUAGUGUUUUUCGCCAAAGGGUGAUGGUUUUUAUAUUCUCCUCUGUUCUGUUGUCUGCUAUGUCUUUUUAUUUGUACAAAGCAUAAAGACCAUUCAAGUUAACUGCAUAUCUUGACCUGUUUUUAUAAUAAAUACAUAAGAUGGUUCUUUCUUUCAUUAAAAGACAGGAGAAUCACCUGAUGCCAUAUGUAUUUAUUUAAAGUUUGCUAAAAAAUAUUGCAUUAUUCAGCAAAAAAAUUAAAUUGCAUUAAAGUGGAUAAUAAUAUUAAGCCUUAACAUUUUUCUUUUUUUUCGUGGUCUAUAUUUGGAUCUCUCUGCUGUCUUUAUAUGAUUUCUAUGACUGUGUAUUGAGCUGACUGUUAACGCUUGAGUAUUGCCCUGAACACAUUGAGUGUCCUGCUGAAUGAAUAAAUAAAUGAUGUUUACAGAG